AUGAUGUCCAAGGCGCCAAGGUGGCCUGAGACGCUGGUAAAGACCAACACAGCUACACAGAAAAAAGGGGGAAAGGAGUUAAAACGGUCUGUUCCUGAUGUCUCUCAUUCGUCUCUGCCCCGGUACCGCCAGCUCAAAUCCUUUGAGUGCAGAGGUGCUGAGGCCUCUGCUAUUCCUGACCUACUCAACUUUAAGAAAGGAUGGAUGAUGCGGCAGGAUGCAUCUGGGCAGUGGCAGAAACACUGGUUUGUCCUGACUGACCAAAUCCUGAGGUUCUACAGAGAUUCAGGUGCUGAGGAGGCAGCUGAUGUGGACGGUGAGAUAAACUUGUCCACAUGUUUUGACAUCACAGAGUACCCAGCUCAGAGGGACUGUGGUUUUCAAAUUCAUACCAGAGAUAGUGUGUACACGCUCUGUGCGAUGACCUCUGGGAUGAGACGCAACUGGGUUCAAGCAGUGUUGAAGAACGUGAGGCCCAGUCUUACACCUGAUGUCACGAGGUCAGUGGAGUGGUUUUAA